AUGCUAAUACAAACAUCACCAGAUAUCUACAUCGUCAUCCUCGCAUGGGCAAUAACAUUCACCAUCGUAGCGGCCCUACUACUUAGUCUUGGAUUUGGUCCAGUGGGGUUUAUCGCAGGUUCUGCUGCUGCAGCUUUUCAAAGCUGGGCGUAUGGAGGUUUUACGCCUGCCGGAGGGAUCUUUGCGACGCUCACGAGUCUUGCGAUGUUGGGAUGUCUUGUUCCGCCUGUGGCGCUUAUUGCUUCGGUGGUGGCUACGAUUGUUGCGGGGAUUGUUGCGGGGUGUGGUGUUGGACGGUAA